GAUCCCCUACUAGGCACAUCGAUUGGUGUUAAUUAAAAACAAUACUUCAAACACAGUGAAUGCUUUCCCAGAAAAACAACGAAAAUAUCUCGUCAGAAUACAAUACCUUUAUACUUCCGUAAAGUAAUUAGCAAUUAAAAGAUCCUUACAAAGUAACCUACUUUACGCCCAGCUUGUCACUUAACAAUAAACUGUAUUAAAGAGUGUUGAUGACAUGGGCGUGGCGGUUUGAGAACUAGCAGGAAGAAUUUUGGAGAUUGUCUCAGGUUAUAAUUUAGUGUUGCUUUGUCUGUUAUUUAUUAGCUUUUGAGUUUUGGGCCAAGCUUGUAAAACGCUGUAACAACCAUUCACUCUCAAAGGUCUCUAGGCAAGACGAAGAACAUGUCUUCAGCUUCGUACGUCGCAUGCCUCACAAAUGUCCUGCUCGUGCACAAGGCACUUUGUUUGCAAUACGAAAACUGUACUGAAUUGAAAUUUUACCACCUGGACAAAGACGAGCUAUGUGCCGUCCAAAAUAAUUUUAUCAACGUGACAUUCUGGAUGGAUGUGUCGAAAUGCAAGGAUAUGAAUUCCUCAUACAGAGUGAGAGUACGCACCAGAACGAACACCGGAAGACUAGAGUAUGACGGGACGAUGACCUACUGGAGAGACACGUGUACUGAGAGAGCACAAAGGUCAGUUCGGUGCAUCAGCCCAACAGGUCCAGCAGAGCUGUACAGGAGAGUGAACCGUUCUCACGAGCAAGUCGAGUGGGAGCUGAUGACACAAUAUGGAGAUUUUACAUUAACGCGAAAGAAGAUUAACGUUCUGUACAUUCCAAAAAUGAGUUGCGUGAUAAAGAAUAGCGAGACUCCAUUUGAGAUACAGUGCCUGUUUCCUGAGGCUGCUGCUGAUAAAAAAGAUUUUUCAGUCUACUUUUAUUCUUUCAUUGGAAGUCAAGACCUAAUGAUCACCUGCACGUACCUCGAAACCUAUUCCUGUAUCAUCAACGAAGAAGGCUUCAUCGUCAGGGCACAUCCUAGUAUGGCUAACAUCACAGUUCCUGACUCCAUCGCCACAAGGAACGGAACUUUUGCUUGUCAGAGAGGAGACCAGGUUGUGACAUGCCACUCUCUGUGUGGAUGUUCUUUCUUCCAAGAACAAAGAAGCUGCAACCGACCUUCUUAAUAAAAAUGACAAAAUCUGGGCACAACAGAUCCGGAAGGAAGAUCCGGAAAACCCUCCCGAAAAAAACACACCAAAAGCGAGGAACAAGGUCUGACCGCAAAUGAACAUCAAGUGAAUGUUGCCAAGAGGAUGAAACGUAUACAACUAGAAAACCAGUGACAUGGGUUGGGGCUCGGACAAGAAAAUAAAAUGUGUGUACCUCGUCAGACAGAGACCAGAAACGUCUUUAAUGUUACUUGCCACACACACACAAAUUCCUUUAGGUAUAUAAUGCUACUCCUGUUAAAGUUCUUUUCAACAUCUUUUUUUUUUUUACUAUAUCAUCGAUUUUAUGAACUCAAAGUGUGAACUGUGAACACGAAAUUGUAAACUGUGAAAUAAGAUAUACCGCGCCGAAUGCAAAUCUGUCUGUUGUACCCGCUGUCCUCGAUGAUAAGGCUACUAUAGUUAUUCUAGCGACUCUAUUCACCCUUUAAUUUGUGUUUAUACAUCUUGAUAUAUAUAUAGAGAGGAACACAUUUGUUUACAAAAGCUUUUUAGUUUAUGACAAUCUGAAAAGAAAACCCUGACAGCCAGGUUUUACAAGUUUAUCGACAUCAUUUACAUUUUUGCCUGGUGAUGCAAGUAUGGUGGUUUGGGGAAGAACAUUGGUUAAAAAUGAACAAGUUCACUAGCUUUUGUAGAAUAUAUUUGACACCGUGUGGAAUUUUUCUUUAGCCUUUGAUUAUUUGUUCAUUGUAUCUAAAUUGUUUAUUCAUAUUCUCAGACUUUGUGUCCAUCGCUUGAUAUUUCAUAUUAUGUAAAUUGUUUGUACACAUCAAAGGCGCACACAAAGAUGACAUGACUGUAACAAAACAAAUCAUAUAUUUCUGUUUAAAGAUUUGUCGUGUUCCAAACUGAGAAGUUAUUGGCCCACCACAUCCUUAACAGAAAGAUCCGCGUAUGCUGCACUCACAAACACAUCCAAACACUUUCAUUUCUCUCUUCUUUACGCACGCACAGAUCACUAUCAUUAUUUAACAUAAGUUCCACAUACUGCUAUAUCUAUAUCAUGCUAAACUCACCAAAUUUUAUAUCCACAUUAUUAAAUAUGUUUGCUGUUUCACCCAGUUUAUGAAUGGUACAUGUAGAAAAGUAAAUAAAUUAGUAUUUAGCAACAACAUUGUUCCCAAUGCUUUUGUUAUCUUUAUUUCAAAUUAUUACUUUUGAUACAAUUUUAUAAUUUAGUUGUAGCAUCGAAAUGUUUGCUGCAAGAUAAAUGCUUUCAUUAAUCAAUCUGAUUUUAUUACCUGUUGGUUUCGAUUUUCUUACUUCAUGUGUGGUUUAUACUUGAUUAGGAAGCUAUUGGAAUACGAAUGUAGUAGAGCUAGCGAGAUAAUGUGUCCAUAAAAAUAAAUUUAAGAAAUCAAAA